CUUGUCGUCAGUGGACGUGAGCGGGCGGGGGCGUGCUGAGUUUCUGUGGCCGGUACCCGCCGGAGGCGCGGAGUUAACCCGGCCCGGAGCGUGCAUUGCAGACCAGGGUCUUGGCCAGCUGCGCCUUCCCCAGUCGGUCCCGGGCGUGGACGGAGCCAGCCGGGGCUCGGUCCCUCCCGCGUCAGGGCCGCAAAACGGCACAAACUCAUCGCCAGACUUGCUCUGCCCAGGCUCGGAGGCCGCGCGUGCCUGCGAGGGAUUCAGCCCCCGACCCUCCCUCUGUGGGGCGCGAGAUCCCCCUGGGUGGGCGGGGGUGGAGGCAGCAGGGAGCCCCUCACGGUUCGGUGGUCUCCUCCGCAGCCGGCACGCAGCAGCGCGGAAUGGCCACCAGGUUCCGGACAGCUUCGUAUUGGGUUUUUCACACUCAAGUGCUGAGCUGUCUUCAUGUCCAGACGUUUAGGGCCUCGUUAGGGAUUAUUGUCAUUCAAGGAUAUAUCUAUGGAGUUCACCUGGGAAGAGUGGCAGUUACUGAAUUCUGCUCAGAAGUACCUGUACAGGGACGUGAUACUGGAGAACUACAGUAACCUGGUAUCCGUGGGGUAUCAUGGCAACAAACCUGAUUUGAUCUUCAAGUUGGAGCAAGGGGAAGAGCCAUGGACAGUAAAUGCCAAGGUCUCUCAUCAGAGCUGUGCAGAAAGCUGGAAAGAAUGGUUCUGGAAAAAUCAAGAUGAGCUGGAAAGUGUUGAGAGAAACUAUGCUUGUAAUGCACUUGGAAAACUUCAUCUGAGCAAAACCCAUUUUUCUUCACGACAGAGACUCCCGAAGUAUAGCAGUCACAGAAGAAGUUUGACACAAAAGUCAGCCUUAACCAGAAGCUAUCUAAGAAAGAAUCCUGACAGGUUUCAUGGAUAUGAACAAUCAUAUUUUCUUAAGCAUCAAAGAGCUCACAGUAUAGAAAAAAACUGUGUGUGUGGUGAAUGUGGGAAAGCUUUUCGUUGCAAAUCACAGCUCAUCGUCCAUCUCAGAAUUCAUACAGGGGAGAGACCUUACGAAUGCACUAAAUGUGAAAGAGCUUUCAGUGCCAAGUCAAACCUUAAUGCUCACCAGAGAGUUCACACCGGAGAAAAGCCCUACUCGUGUAGUGAGUGUGGGAAAGUCUUCUCUUUCAGGUCACAGCUCAUUGUCCAUCAGGAAAUUCACACAGGAGGGAAACCUUAUGGCUGCAGUGAAUGUGGGAAAGCCUACAGUUGGAAGUCACAGCUUAUUCUACACCAGAGAAGUCACACAGGAGUGAAACCCUAUGAGUGCAACGAAUGUGGGAAAGCCUUUAGUUUGAAGUCACCAUUUGUUGUCCACCAGAGAACUCACACAGGAGUGAAACCCCAUAAAUGCAACGAAUGUGGGAAAGCCUUUAGGAGCAAGUCCUACCUCCUUGUUCACAUCCGGAUGCACACCGGAGAGAAACCCUAUCAGUGCAGUGACUGUGGGAAAGCUUUCAAUAUGAAGACACAGCUCGCUGUCCACCAGGGGAUUCACACGGGCAACAAUCCUCACCAGUGCAGUGAAUGCGGAAAGGCGUUCGGCAGGAAGGAGCAGCUGACUGCACACCUGAGAGCCCACGCAGGAGAGAAGCCCUAUGGGUGCAGUGAGUGUGGGAAGGCUUUCAGCAGCAAGUCCUACCUCGUUAUACACAGGAGGACGCACACAGGAGAGAGACCCUAUGAGUGUAGUUUCUGUGAGAGAGCCUUUUGUGGGAAGUCACAGCUCAUCAUACAUCAGAGAACUCACUCAACAGAGAAGCCUUAUGAAUGCAGUGAGUGUGAGAAAGCCUAUCCUAGGAAGGCCUCACUUCAGAUACACCAGAAAACUCAUUCGGGAGAGAAACCUUUCAAAUGCAGUGAGUGUGGGAAAGCCUUCACCCAAAAGUCAUCUCUCAGUGAACACCAAAGAGUUCAUACAGGAGAGAAACCAUGGAAAUGCUCUGAGUGUGGAAAAUCCUUCUGUUGGAAUUCAGGGCUCCGCAUACAUCGGAAAACUCACAAGUGAGAAAUGAGAAUGAAGUAAUGUUAGAGGCAUUCUAACAACUUGGUCCUCGGGAGACUUCAGAUGCUGCUAUAGACAGGACAGAUAAGCAGGAAAUCCUAAAAACACACUCAUCAAAGAAGUUAGUCAUUUGGAAUGCACAUGCAAACGCUUUUACAAAGUCAUUUACAAAUCCUUGAAGAUGAGAAUAAUGGAAGGAAUUAAGCAGUGACUGUAGCAAACGUGGUGGCAUCAUUAUGAAAGUUUAAUGUGGAGAAUUCAUAUGGAAAACACUGUAAAUGUAAUAAAUUGGGAAGCAUUUUCCCAUCGAAAAUGUGUCAUGUGCAGAGUCACAUUCCAGCUUUGAAGCUGUGUGUUAGAGUGAAGAAAAUCUCAAUUAUAAAUGGUGGACUUUUUCAUGGUAGUGUGUAAAGUUUUUUAAUAUGUAAAUACAGUAGUGGUCAGGAAAACAGCCAGGAACAUAUUCUAAAGGUUAACGGAUAUUUCGUGUGACUUUCCUGAGCAACACUGAAUAGCAUUUUUUAAACUUUUGGUAUUUUUUAAUGUAACUUGUUACAUAUAUAUAUAUAUAUAUAUAUAUAUAUAUAUAUAUAUAUAUAUAUAUUUGAUAGUUUGUGGGACAUCCCCCAAUAUUCUCCAUAUUAAAUGCUAAAUAUCCAUAUUGUGUCUAUUUCUUAACAAUAUAAUUCAAAUAGUGUGGUUUUUGAUAAUUGAAAGGAUACAGUUCUCACUUCCAAUGAUUUUUCUCAUUCAGGAGUCCACAUGAAUAGGGCUGGCAGUUAUUACAGGGCUGCAUGUAGUGAACACUGAAUCUAUUUUAGUUCAGUGUCUUCCCAUUGAUCGAUAAAAGCACUCUGGUUUUCUCUGGAGAAAUCCCUGCCCUCUGUGUGUGCAUCCUGUGGUAGUGUCUUUUAAGAUACCCUUUCCACUAGCCACAGGUGACCGGUAUGCCCACUGUUGGGGAAUGGUAGCCUGUUUUCAGUCUCUCAUGAACCAGAAUGGAAAUGUGGGAACUCAUAUAUUGUCCCAGAACGCUAAUGAGACUAUCAGUUACUUCUGCUCUAUUGAUUUCCCAGAAUGACUGGGUACUAUCCCUUUUCAAACCUGAUUUUCUGGCCUUAUGUGUGCUUCCUUAUGUCUUUUCAAUAAAAAUGUCUUUUUUGG